AACAGCUGCCUCUGGCCAUCAUUUUCGUCCUUAAUUGUGCAUUGGAAUUUUUCUAGCUACCCAACAGGAUCUUCGGAAAAAAUUGUGGGCUUGGGUUUUUUUUGAGAAAAUGAGGAUUUUCAUAGCCUUUGAGGGAUCUUUUGAACCAUUUGAUGUUUCAGCAGAUGAAACUGUGGAGGCUGUCAAGCUGAUGAUAAAGGACUAUUUCCACACUCCUCUCUCUGAAGAUGAGCACGGCAGGCAGUACCUGGAGCUGAUGUAUGCUGGAGCAGCCCUGAAGGACAGCUGGCGUCUUGCUGACGUUGGAAUAUCUUUUUGUUCAACUCUCAAAUGCUUUGUUAAGGAAGAAGAUAAGCCCACUCUCUACGUGUUCAAUGCUGUGACCCAAGAGAUGAUGCCGAUAAUGGAGAGCAUUUCCCUUCUUGGUAAAAAAGUGUCUGAUCUGAGAACUCUGAUAGCUCUGAGAUGUGGCUUCCCCGUGAGUGUCUUCUGUCUCCGGACCCCAAAGGGACUUGAGAUGUACGACUGCAACACCCUCAGGGACUACCAGACUGACAUCGGCACAACACUUCGCCUGGACGUGUGGGAUGGAUGGAAGGAAUUUCUGAUGGGUUGUCUCCUCGGACAAAAACUGAAAGUCCAACGCUAUUUAUCAAAUGAAGGACCAGUACUCAAGUAUCAGAAAAGGGUCGCCCUGUACAUCGCAGCCUUUCAUGGCUACAUCGAGCUCACUGAAUGGGCCCUGAAGCAGGGCGUGCGGCCCCACGAGGCGGUCGGUGUUCACCCCUAUCGAGUGUGGUGCCAGGAAGCCCUUCAUGCAGACGUCUCGAAAUGCCCCAUUCACGCAGCUGCAGAAGCGGGCCAACUGUUGAUUCUGAAGGCCUUUGUCAACUGCAGCGUGCUGUGCCUGGAAUGCAGAAAUGCAGCAGGACAAACUCCCCUGACCGUCGCGUUCAAACACAAGCAUAAAGACUGCGUAUUAUAUCUAUUGAGUAAAAUGUGGUCCACAGUUUCUUUUCUGAAAAUUUCAGUCCCCAUGAGGAUUUAUAUUAAAAUAAAACAAUGGAUCCUCAGAGCUCAGAGUCACAGCCUUAAUAAAAGCCAGCUUUGCAGAGCAAGGGUCCUUGGGGCAAAAGUUGGUGACACUAUCAUGGUGGAUGGUUUCACAAAACCCAAAAUGACCUCCAAGAGCUGGCAUAAGGCUGGGAACAAGGACUCACAAAGCACCAUGGGCAAGCUCCCACCACUCGGGGAACAAACUGCAGGCAGGCGACCUGUCAGUCCUUCAGAAAUUCCACAGCAGGACACAAGAGAACAAACCCUCAAAUUUCCUCCACUGGGAGAUGCAAAUGCAUUCUCUGAAUUACAAAGGCAUCAACAACAAAAUCGGAAAAAAGUCACUGCCACAGCUAGGAAAAAAGAAAAGCUCAUAAAAAAUACAUAUCUUCCCCAAGUCCCCCUACCUCCCAUUUCAAGAGUGGGCUAUUCACACCCAUCAUUUUACUACGCAACACCAAGUGCUGACUUGUUACUCAGAUCCUCCUUCUCGUCCUUCUGGGAGCACAGCGGGAGGACUCCGAGGGAGAACGCCAUCUACUGCUUAGCUGUGGCCAGGUAA